AUGACAGCGACACCUUUCAAGGCCAAGGCUGAGUUGCGAGCUCGCUUGAAAAAGGAAGAAGCUGAUGGAGAUUCGCCAGAGCCUCCUUCGAAGAGGGUCUGCAACACUUAUGAAAAGCAGAUUACCAAGAUGCCAGACGGAGAUUUGCAAACGGACUUGCUGGACUACGUCGGAUCCUUCAAGGGCGAGAGCUCCACUGAGGGCCACCAUCCUGCAGCGCUGGUGGCUGAAGUCUUUGGGAGCUCGAGUGCAGAGCACAACUUGCUUCACUGCCAGCAACUAGAGAGUUGGUACCAGGAGUACGCUACUAAUGUGCGCAAGGCCCCCUACCUCUAUAAGAAAGCAGUGAUAGAUCCUUCGAUGAAUGGAGAAACAAUCAAAGUGCAAAUCACUUGCCUCCGGUUCUGCCCACCAGAGGAUGGCCUACCGGUCUGUGAUGACUGGAUUACCACUUUCGAGUCCAUGCUCUUUGGAGGUGUUGACUUGAACCGGGUCAGCUUCAACAUGGGCGCUGCUGACCGAUCAUUUCGCAACAUGAGCCUGUCCUUUCGGGGAUCCGAGAGACAGGCGCCAAGCACACUGCAAUUGGCGCUGAGGUUCUCAAGGAUCCUCGAGCUUUACGAACAAGAAGGCCGACACCACGCAGAGAUGUCAGUGGAGCAGCGACUCACAGACGCUGUGCAGCAGUUUCACGACAGCGCAGGUCUUCAAUCCAAACAUCGAAUAGAGGAGGAGCGAUUCAGGGCAGUGCUGAACCUCCUGAGUGGAACCUGUGAAGAAAGCCGAGCUGUGAUUCGAGCGCACCUUGAUUCACACAAGUGGCACCAGAGCGCAUUUUCGACGGAGCAGUUCAAAGGGACACGCUGGCUCCUGACUGCAAGUCCGAAGGCUUCGAACUGCCCAUCAGAUCUCCGCAAGUGCUUGACCGUGACACCACUCAGCCAGACUCUCCACCUGAAGCUUGUUGUGAAGACUUUCAUGGAUUCAGCACGGCGCUUGCGGGCCUCAUCCCGCGCACGGGCCCGGCUUAGCCAAUCGCAAUUUGAGCAGCUGUGCGACUUCUCGUGUGUGUAUGCCCACAUUUGGUCGGAGGCAAAGCUUCUGUCAACUUGGGAUGAGGACAAAGAUGCUGCCAUGGAAAAGGCCUUCUUUCAGAAGGACUAUGCAAUGGACAUCGAAGCUGCUGUGACCGCCAAGCUCAGCACAUGGAAGCCACAGCAUCUUUCCCUUUGGGCCGAUUUGGUGGAGCCUCCCGCUUCUGUGGCACAUGUGGCAACGGCGCAGGAGUUGAUGGAGAUUGAAGACCAAGCUCAGGCGGCCCGUUUCAGGGAAGUCCGGGCCAAGCUGAGCCAGGACAUAGCCGCCAUGACGGCCUUCAACACAGCGAAGGAUGAAACCCAGAGGAGGAGCCAUGUGGUCAGUGUGAUGCACGAGAAGGCUCAGGUGUCCACUGGGAAGCAGCUCUGUGAGUCUUACAUGGAGAAGUGGUGCCGUGUAUCAUUGGUGAAUAAGAAAGACUCCUUUGACACUGGGUUGGACUCUGCCAUCCGCCUGGCUGCUUCGAGCCACAAGGUGGACAUGAAGGAUGUUGACACGAUCCUUUUCUUUGACUGCACAAAGCUUGGCGUACUUAGCCAAGCUGAGAUCAACCUCAUUGGCGAUUGCUCUGAGAGGGUGCUUUUCCGGAACCCCAGCAGGUCCGUUCUGGUGCUGAUCCCCCCACUUCUGUGUGGAACAGAAGGGGGAGGAAGCCUCAGGGCCGACAUGAGGAAGAUCGAGGACAAGCUCUUGAUGUGCAGAGUGGAAUUGAGAGCGUUCACCUUGAACCUAGACCUGUCGGAUAUCCACGGCAACCGUGAAUUGCCGUCAGCGUUCGUGUGCUACUUGGGGGUGCCGGAUUGCACGCUCCCAUCAAAAGGAACUGCACACAGAGUAGUGCGUGGUGCACCAGGACCUGAUGAUACAACGAACGUGUUCUGCUCGUCGCACCUUUGGUCUCGCCAAAGCCUUCCGCUGCGAUGCUUUCCAAAAGCAUUGGACGAGAAGCACUUUGUGGUUCCAGGAGAGGCCUUCCUCUGCCACGAUUCCAGGCGGAGCCUCACGGACUUGCAGGAGACAGCGCAGUGGCUUGGAGGAGUGCCAGUCUGCGCCAGCAUCCUCGAAUCCCUGACAGGCAGGGCCUGCUGGUUGUGGCAAGUGGGAAUUCUGGCUUGCUACCAUAGUUUUAAUGGUAUAUGUGAUAUUAGCGCUUGCCUUUGA